AUGCCACCAGGCGUGGUAUUCCAAGACCAGAAAGAGUAUCAGUACUUUUGUCACUUUCGUGAUGAGACUUCGGUUGAGCUUGCAACUGGCUUCGAGCCCGCGCUAUGGGAUACACUUGUUCUCCAGGCCUGCGACAGCCCAUCAAUCCUACAACUGACCGUAGCCACUGCAGCGCUAAGCCUAGCCACCAAGGCACCGUAUGCAAACCUUUGGGAUUCCGAAAAAGAAGUGCAUCAUCAACAUGCCUUGCAGCAGUAUGGGGAGGCUCUGAAGGGAAUCCAAAAGAUGGUGGCCACAGGGCAGGAUUCGAUGAGAAUAGUCCUAAUCAGCGCACUUCUCAUAUUCUGCUUCGAAAGCCUCCACGGGGAUUUCCGUCAAGCAAUCGUUCAAGUUCAAAGCGCCAUCGACAUGAUCGUAAAACGAAUCACGAACAACACUCAAGCAUACCACUACCCCCGCGUCAACGCUCUUGGGAUUCGUGGAAGUGCAGAGAUUGACGAUGAUCUUCUCACGGCGUUCAUGCGGCUGGACCGCCCUUCACUCACACUCCUAAGCAAGAGGAAAGAGAACGCGCCUCUACUCACAACUCGAAUCUUCACCCUCUUAUUCUCCGAAGAGCACCUAGAAAUCCCGAGAGGCUUUGCCGGUACGGCUGAAGCACGAGUAUACUUGGAAGACCUUAAAUGGAGGGUUCUGACGACGACGCAACCACCAAAAUCAGUCACAUCUUUCUGGCAGGAGGAACCGGAAGAGGAGAACUCUCCAGAUUUCAGUAUUGUUCCUCUCCAGUUGAAACAAUGGUACGAAGGGUCGGGAGCCUUGAAUUCGAGCUCAAACUUGGCUAUCGAAUUUGCACACUGGCAUGAUGCAUUUUCGCCCCUAUUAAACUAUGCCACGACCCCUCCUGGAGAAUCGAUGUUCCUUGGAGCAGUGACUCUUCAUAUUCAAGCUCUGGCUGCGGAUUUACUCGCCAGUGGAUCAUCUAGAUCGACGCUCUCUUCACCGACUUCCUCGUCCUCUCAAUCUAUGGCUGCCGGUUCCAGUGCAGAGAACUUGAAUCGGUUUCCCACAGUUCACGCAAUCCUGUCCUUCUCCCGCCAAUUAGUGGCGCAUCCGAAGUUUAUUAAGGGAUUCGUGUUUGACAUUGGAAUUAUCCCGUCACUGACAACGGUCAUAAUGGUGUGCCCGGACCGGAAUUUGAAACGAGAGGCAAUAGAUGUGCUAAAAUCAAUGGAGCCAAGAAGGGAGGGGGUGUGGGACAGCAGCGCCGUUGCUCGAGCCGGAGAUAUAAGCAUGGAGGAGGAAGACGGCCGGAUGGAUUUGGACAUGAUUGAUCCAAAUAUCUUGGAAAUACUGUAA